AUGAAACCCUCAAUUCCUCGUACGACAUUCCCUCUCCCAUUCCUCAUCCUCCUCCUCCUCCUCCUCCCCGCCGUCGUCCGCUCCGGCGACCUCAUCGAGGAAGUGUGCAAGAAAACCCCAUUCUACGGCCUCUGCGCCGCCACUCUCCACUCCAAUUCCUCAGCCGCCGCAGACAUCAAAUCCCUCGCCGCCACCGUCACCAACUUCGUGCUCUCCAACGCCACGGACACGCUGUCCUACAUCCAGGCCCAACUGAAGAAAGAAAAGGAUCCCAAGGCCGAGAAGGCCCUGGCGAAUUGCGCCGAGCUCUACAUCCCCGUGGUGAAAUACAACCUGCCGCAGGCGAUCGAGGCCUUCUUCAGGGGGUACUACGGCUUCACCAAGUACGCGCUCUCCGACGCCGCCAAGCAGGCCGACGCCUGCGAGGACAAGAUAUCCGGCGCCGGCGCCGGCGGAGGGGAGCUGAGCGCGAGGAACAAGGCGGUGAGCGAUCUGUGCGGCGUCGGGGCGGCAAUUGUUGGCCUGCUGAUGAAAGUCGGAGGCCGAGGGUUGAAAGUUUGA